UUUAUUAACAAUGAAUGGCAUGAGUCUACAAGUGGAAAGAAGUUCCCCACCUACAACCCUUCAACGCUGAAGAAAAUUUGUGACAUUGAGGAAGGAGACAAGCCUGAUGUGGAUAAUGCAGUGGAAGCAGCGAAGGCAGCAUUCCAGAGGGGAGCUCCGUGGAGACAGAUGGAUGCCCUAAGCAGAGGACGACUCCUGCACAAGCUGGCUGAUCUUCUUGAGCGAGACAGAGUCAUCCUGGCAACUCUGGAAACAAUGGACACAGGAAAACCUUUUCUGCAGGCUUAUUUCAUUGACCUGGAAGGUUGUAUAAAAACACUCCGAUAUUAUGCUGGAUGGGCUGAUAAAAUUCAGGGCAGAACUAUCCCAGUGGAUGAAAAUUUUGUCUGUUUCACCAGGCACGAACCGAUGGGUGUCUGUGGAGCUAUAACUCCAUGGAACUUCCCGUUGCUAAUGCUCAUUUGGAAGAUGGCACCAGCGCUGUGCUGUGGAAACACUUUGGUUAUUAAGCCAGCUGAACAAACUCCUCUCACGUCGCUCUACAUUGGCUCGCUGAUCAAGGAGGUGGGUUUCCCUCCAGGUGUGGUGAACAUUGUGCCAGGCUACGGCCCCACAGCUGGAGCUGCUAUUUCUACCCAUCACAGUGUUGAUAAAAUUUCUUUUACUGGGUCAACUAAGGUUGGAAAACUGAUCAAGGAAGCUGCUUCUAAAAGCAACCUCAAAAGGGUGACAUUAGAGCUUGGAGGGAAAAACCCCUGUAUUGUGUGUGCAGAUGCAGACUUGGACUUGGCAGUGGAAUGUGCCCAUCAAGGCGUGUUCUUCAAUCAAGGGCAGUGCUGCACGGCUGCCUCGCGAGUGUUUGUGGAAGAGCAGAUAUAUCCGGAGUUUGUGAAGCGCAGUGUGGAGUAUGCCAAGAAGCGACUCGUUGGAGACCCCUUUGAUGCCAGAACUGAACAAGGGCCCCAGAUUGACCAAAACCAGUUUGAUAAAAUCCUGGAGCUGAUAGAAAGUGGGAAGAAAGAAGGGGCUAAGCUGGAGUGUGGGGGUCUUGCCAUUGAAGACAGAGGUCUGUUUAUAAAACCCACUGUGUUUUCAGAGGUCACUGACAACAUGCGUAUCGCCAAAGAGGAGAUUUUUGGGCCAGUUCAGCCAAUUAUGAAGUUCAAGAGUAUAGAAGAGGUCAUAAGAAGAGCCAACAGUACCGAGUAUGGACUUACAGCUGCAGUGUUCACAAAGAAUCUGGACAGAGCAUUAACGCUAGCUUCUGCAUUGCAAUCGGGAACUGUCUGGAUCAACUGUUACAAUGCGCUCUAUGCACAGGCUCCUUUUGGUGGCUUUAAAAUGUCAGGCAAUGGCAGAGAACUCGGUGAAUAUGCUUUGGCAGAAUAUACCGAAGUGAAAACAGUCACCAUUAAACUCUCCCAGAAGAGUCCAUGAAAACAGAAGGCCUAAAAUGCUGACACUCUGAAUGUGACACAUGGGGGACGUGUUCAGAGCAAGGGGGAGGGGAGGGGUAGGAAGGAAAAUGGAAACACCUAACUUUAUUCCUCUGGAAACACUGAAUCUACUGGACUCCAUUUUGUCAACUGGCUCUUCGAAAACUGAUUUAACUGACCCUACUGGCAGCAUAGCGUAGACUUGUACUGUACAAGUCCCUGGCUGUACAUCUGUCUGCCACCUGCAGCUAAGAUGCUGGUCAGUCACUGUGUUUGCAGGACAUCUGCUUUCAAACUGUACUCUUGAAGGACUUGGUCAUCAAUGGCAUGUUAGAAAGACUUCUGGUACCAUUAGCAUGGACUGUUAAACACCUUCAGAGGCAUAUGGGUUUCACUUGGCAUAAAUGGACUUGAGUGGUAGGGCUAAUACAACUUUGACUGACGUUGGCGGAGUUUGUGUGAAGACUGCAGCUGGAGUUUGGGAUGGGAGUGCAAGCUUUCAUGGAAGGAUCUGUAAAGAAAUUCUCUUUGAAAGAGCUAUCUUGGUCUCUCUAAAGAUAUGUGCAUUCUCCAUAUUGGUGAUAUUCUAGCCCUGAAUGAGAUUUAUGGGAGUUUCCUAGAAGACUCCUUUGGGGCCAGUAUUUCACCCAACAGAGCUAGACUUUAAAGUGUUCUUUGAACCUGGUGUUUUGGUGUGCACACAUUACACAUGCUGCAAAUGCAAGUUACUGACUUGCUAACCCUUCUGACUCUGAAUGAGUCACAAUUGUAUCUCAAACCUUCACUAUAGCACUUUUCGCAAGAGGAUUUUGCACUGUACUUACCGUGAU